AUGGCUGUUCUCAAGGAAGUCUCGGACAUUGUCAUCCCCAGCUUCUUUACAGUCGUUUUCACUAUCUUCGCUAUUCUAGCCCUCAUCGCCACCAUAUCGGCCAUAAACAUCUCCUUCCUCAUCUCCUUCCUCGUCGAUUUUACCCUCAUGGCUAUCCCGAUUAGCUUAACUAUGCUGGCCCUCACUGCCCUCUUGAUCGUGAUGAUGGCCCUCAUCGACCCAGUCUACACGCUUCGGCAAAUCAAAAUGUUUCGCGCUGUGGGUCCUUUGCACAUUCUGGGAUCCUGCGACCAGAACUGA